GCGGAACACAUAUGACAUAACGAAACAGUCGAUUUCCAUUUUUCUUCCUUCUUAAUUAUAGAAUCUCCGCCAUGAACAACGAAUCCUCUACUGCGAACAACGGUAACAAUAGCACCAACCCCGAUCCGGAUCGCCCCCUCCGUGUUUACGCCGAUGGGAUCUACGAUCUCUUCCACUUCGGCCACGCUCGUUCCCUCGAGCAAGCCAAGAAAUCGUUUCCCAAUACGUAUUUGCUGGUUGGAUGUUGCAAUGAUGAGACAACCCACAAGUACAAGGGCAAAACAGUUAUGACCGAUGUAGAACGUUAUGAAUCCCUUCGCCAUUGCAAGUGGGUUGAUGAAGUCAUUCCUGAUGCCCCGUGGGUGAUUGAUCAAGAAUUUCUAGAUAAACACAACAUUGACUAUGUGGCUCAUGAUUCACUUCCCUAUGCUGAUGCCAGUGGAGCUGCGAACGAUGUGUAUGAGUUUGUUAAAGCUGCUGGCAAGUUCAAGGAGACCCAACGAACUGACGGGAUUUCCACAUCAGAUAUCAUUAUGAGAAUUGUUAAAGAUUAUAACCAGUACGUGCUUCGGAACUUGGACCGUGGAUACUCGAGGAAAGAUCUUGGAGUUAGCUAUGUGAAGGAAAAGAGAUUGAGAGUGAAUAUGAGACUGAAGAAACUACAAGAGAAGGUUAAGGAACAACAAGAAAAAGUGGGAGAAAAGAUACAAAUUGUUGCUAUGCAUCGUAAUGAGUGGGUGGAAAAUGCUGACCGAUGGGUUGCCGGAUUUCUUGAGAUGUUUGAAGAAGGUUGCCACAAAAUGGGCACUGCUAUAAGAGAUCGAAUCCAAGAGCGGUUAAGGGGGCAACUGCUGCAAAAUGGCAAGGGUGAUGAAGAUGAUUAUUAUUAUUAUGAUGAUGAUUAUUAUUAUGACGAUGACGACGACGACGACGAUGAAUACUAUGAUGACGACAACGGAUAUUACAAUGAGAAAGAUGAGGAAAAUGAGGAAGGAAAGAAAUGAAUUUGCUUCUGCUUGGUUGCCUGUUCCAGUUAACUAAUUAUGGGCGUGCCAUAACGUUCUAGUAGUUUUGGAAUUUAUAAUAUGUUGAUGUUAUAGCCAAAAUGGAGCCAGGCUUGGAGCAGAAAGCUGUCUUUUCUACUUCGUUUAUCCGUGCUGUGUGUCGGGCAACAAUACUCGUCUCCCUGGGUUUCGGAUCCGUGUUUCUGUCGGCGAAAAUUUUGGGCCCGGAUCUUCCCUGUUCUUAUCAUGUACGUUGGUAAGAUGCAAGGGAUUGUACUUCUUUCCAUCUCACGUAUAGGGCAUGCAAGUUUCAUAUUA